UGCUGGCAUGGUGACAUUGCCUCAAAAGGACAUUAGCUCUAUUACAUGAUAUAAAGGAUUCAACUUCUCUGUACAUAAUUGGAGUCUAGUUGUGCCUCUUACGGCUUUUCAUACUAUUCGAAUUCAAUUGACUGAAGAGCAGCAUGUGCUGAUGUGCUAUCAAUUGGGGUAUCUCCUCGUAUUUCUCUUCUUAGUUUGGACAGACCCGCAUAUUACCGAUACAUAUAUGUAAAGAAUUUGAUAAGAUAAAAAUGUCUUCUGAAUUCAGUUUUACUAAAUGCAUGCAUAUGAAAAUGUAUAGAUUUCUACAAUUGUUAGAGCAACAAGGACCUUCCUUCUUGUUGAACCCCUUUUCGCUUUAUUUUCUUUCCAUAUUCUUGGUGUUCCUCCUCUUUAUCAAAUGGCACUUUAACAGUCCAACUAACAGAAAAAAUCGACCACCUUCACCACCAAAGCUCCCAAUUAUAGGAAACUUACACCAAUUGGGCUUGUUGAAGCAUCGCUCACUCCAAUCCUUAGCUAGAAAACAUGGGCCGAUCAUGCUGCUUCACCUAGGCAAUGUACCUGCACUAGUCAUUUCCUCUGCUGAUGCAGCUUCUGAGAUCAUGAAAAACCAUGAUCUCAUCUUCGCAAACAGGCCCAAAUCAAGAAUCUUCAAGAGACUCAUGUAUGACUGCAAGGCAGUAUCAGUGGCACCUUAUGGUGAACUUUGGAGGCAGUUGAAAAGUAUUAUGGUGCUCCAGCUUCUGAGUAAUAAGAGAGUUCAGUCUUUUCAUAGUGUGAGAGUAGAAGAAAUAGCCGACAUGAUGAACAAGAUUACUGAGCUGUCUAGUUUGUCAUUGCCGGUGAAUUUAAGUGAAAUGUUUACAUCACUUACAAAUGAUGUGAUAAGCAAGGCAGCUUUUGGAAGGAAGUAUGGUGGUGGGGAAAGUGGAAAGAAGUUCAAACAGCUAUUGAAGGACUAUUUAGGGCUAUUAAGCCGAUUCGACGUUGGGAAGUUAUUUCCAUGGCUCGGUUGGCUUAGCCGAGUCAAUGGAUUCGAUGUUGAAGUAGGGAGGGUGGCCACAGAACUUGAUGAAUUUCUUGAGGGUGUAGUUGAAGAGCGCUUGAAUGGUUUGGAAACAGAGAUCUAUAAUAGUAAUGGUGGUCAAGAUGGAUAUACAGGCAGGGAGGACUUUCUUGAUAGUUUGCUUCACAUAUACAAAGAAAACAGUGCUGGUGUUCCUAUCGAUAGAGAUAGCAUCAAAGCUCUUAUUUUGACUACCUUUGCAGCUGGAACUGAUACUACCUCUACGCUUCUAGAGUGGGCAAUGACAGAGCUGUUAAGACACACUCAAAUCAUGAAGAAAGUGCAGACUGAGGUGAGGGAGGUUCUUGGACAAAAAAAGGACAUAACUGAUGAAGAUUUGGAAAAAAUGCACUACUUGAGAGCCAUGAUUAAAGAAACUUUACGUUUUCAUCCUCCGAUUCCAUUACUAGUUGCAAGGGAAGCAAGGCAUGAUGUCAAAGUAAUGGGAUAUGAUGUUUCUGCUGGAACAAUGGUUAUCACCAAUGCUUGGGCAAUUGGGAGAGACCCUGUUGUAUGGGAUGAAGCAGAGGAGUUUAGGCCAGAGAGGUUCUUAAAUUCUCCUAUUGAUUACAAAGGGUUGGACUUCCAAUUCAUUCCAUUUGGUGCUGGAAGGAGGGGUUGCCCAGGAAUCUCGUUCGCAAUGGCUGUUAAUGAGCUGGUGUUAGCAAAUCUGGUGAACAAGUUUGAUUGGCAAUUACCAGGUGGAGCAAAAGCUGAGGAUUUGGACAUCACUGAAUGCCCUGGCGUCACAAUCCACAAAAGGAUUCCUCUUUUUGCCAUUGCAACUGCAUGCUCAAGCUAGUACAAAUCUACUUAAAAUUUGGAAUGUUUUUCCUUGUCACCUUCCUAUGUUCUUUAUAUGAUAGUAGAUACUUUCAACAUAAGGCUCAACGUAAGGGUACUAUUUUUCAGUCAAACCAAUGCUUAAAUCUUGUACAAUGUCAUGUGGUCAUCACAUUCACUUGUUCUAGUAUGACCUUGAUCCAUAAUUUAAAAAGUGGGCCGAUGUUAUGUAA